AUGGAGGUGGUGCUGGCCGACGCGCUGCUCGCGCGGUGCGGGGACCCCUGCGCGCUGCUGCGCGCCGUGUGCGCGCCGCUCUCCGCGGAGCGCGCGGAGGCGCUGCGCCUGCUCCUGCAGCGCCUGGCGGCGGGCGGCCCGCCCGGCGCGGGCGAGGCGGAGGCGCUGCGGCGGGCCGCCUGGGAGGUGGCGCUGGAGCGGUGCCGGCCGCUGCUGCGCGGCGGGGAGGCGGCGGCGGGCGCGGAGCGGCUGCGGCUGGCGCGGGCGGCGCGGGGGGCGCUGCGGCACUGCGUGGAGCUGUGCGGGGCGCCGCUGGCGGCGCGCCUGGCCCGCGACGCCUUGGCCGAGCUGGCGGCGGGCGGCGGGCCGGGCGCCGAGGCGGCGGUGGAGGCGCUGGUGGCGGCGGCGCCGCGGCUGGAGGAGCCGGCGCUGGUGGAGCAGUGCGCGGCGGCGGCGCUGGCGCUGCUGCGGGAGGAGGGCGAGGGCGAGGCGGCGGCGCUGGUGGCGGCGCGGCUGCUGCCGGCGCUGGGCGGCAACGGCGCGGCGCUGCGGCGGGUGUGGGAGGCGCUGGUGGGCGGCGGCGGCGGCGGCGCCCCGCCGCGGGCGGCGCGGGCGCUGCUGGCGCUGAGCGCCCUGGGCGAGGCGCUCUUCGGGGCGGCGGCGCUGGACGCGCGGCUCUGCCCGCGCUUCUGGCGGGUGGUGCAGGAGGGGCUGACGGAGCGCGACGGGCUGUGCCGCAAGAGGGGCCGCUACCUGCUGCAGCGCGCCGUGGACGCGGCCGCCAGCCAGCGCGCCGAGCUGCGCUGCCCCGCGGGCGGCCGAGACGAAUCGAGUUUGUUUUGGUGGUCUGUUGAAGAAAAUGAAAAACUUCUACAGUUUUGGGAAACUUACAUUUUGGUAAUGGAGACUUUGGAAGGAAACCAGAUCCAUGUCAUAAAGCCAGUGUUACCAAAGUUAAACAGUUUGUAUGAGCAUGCUAUAUCAGGGGAAAAAGGUUGUUGGUUGUUUCACCCAUCUUGGCACAUGUGCAUCUAUAAAAGAAUGUUUGAGAGUGAAAAUAAAACAUUGACAAAGGAAGGCGUUCUUCAUUUUCUGGAGCUUUAUGAAACAAAGCGUCUUCCAAAUUCACUUGAGUUAUUGAAGUUUGUUAUUGGGCCAUUAAUGGAUGCCCUCUCAGAAAGUUCUCUUUAUAGCAGGACACCAGGGCAGUUAAUGGGAGCCUGUCCUCCUUUAGGAUUGAGGUUACAGAAGUUCUUGGCCACUUAUCUCAUGCUUCUUCCAGAUGAAGAAAAAGGUAGUUUUCUGUUAAAGUUUAUUCAGAAGAUGACAAGUAGGCAUUGGUGCGCUGUUCCCAUUUUGUUUCUUUCUAUGGCACUAGCAUGUAUCCCUGCAUGUAAAGUAUUGGGCACUGAUGGACUUCAUGCUCUAAGAGAUGUCCUUCAAUGUACUAUGAUUACACAUCAGAUUUUACUGCGAGGAGCUGCUCAAUGCUAUCUUCUUCAAACCGCUAUGCAUUUGACAGAUGUGGAGAAAGUGUCCCUCCCAGAAGUUGCAAGCUUUCUUAUGUCCCUUAGAGCAGAGGAGUCCCUAAGGAGAGAUACUAUGUUAUGGAUGGAGCUUUGCAGUUGGCUGCAAGUGAAUGACAGAUGCUUCAGAAAGUCGGUAAAGUGUGAUUUUGAGUGUCAAGAGAUGUCAUCACUGUGUUUGUAUGUACGCAAUCUUGUGGGAGAGUACCUUAAGACACCAGUAUCCGAAAGAGAAAAUUGCUUUAUGCCUGACUGGUUUGAAGCUAAGCUUGUUGCAACAAUGAUUGUGUUGGCUGCAGAUGUGGAGGAGAUGAGAAACAAAUACUGUGGAAAAAGCAACAUAGAAUGGAUUGAACUAAAGGCUUUCUUGAACCCUCUUCUGGAUGUCUUGAUGAAACUUGGCAGUAAUGCUUACAUACCAACAGUGAAAACAGAUAAAAGCCUACAGCUUCUGUUGAAGUUAUUGCAGACUCGUUCGUUAAAAUGUUCCAAUCCACAAGAUGAUGGGGUAUUAAUCUUUAUCUGGAAAUAUUUAAUGACAGCUGUGGAGAGUAUUCUUGAAUUUGUCCUUCGGCGGCUUACUGCAAAUGAGCUAAGUACUAUUGGGGAUCUGGAUCGUUGUGAUUUAUACUUAGCUUUAAUUCCAGAGAUAGUGAAUUUGUGCUUGCAAGUCAGCUGGAAAAAGGUACCAUCUGUCAAGAAUUUCAUUUUUUCCCUGACAAAUGCCUCUAUUCAUAAUCUUCAGAAGACAAACUGUGAAGAGGAGCCGAAGCUUAAAGAACAAAUUAAAAAAGUAGCUAGCAUGGCCUCACUGACAGUAGUUUGUGAAGUUAUGAAUCAGAAACCUGAAGUACAUCUUGAAUCUCUGCCUUCUAUGGAUGCCCUGAAGAAGUUUAUUUCCUUUUCUAAAUUUAAUCAAGUAUUAAAGAAACCAUCUUAUGCUGAAGAAAAAAGUAGCUUAUAUGAAGAAACACCAUCUCAAGGAUGGGGGAAAAUAGUUGCACGAUACGUCCAUGACCAGUGGAUUUGCCUUCAUUUCAUUUUAACUAAAUUUUAUACUGCUGAGACAAUGUUGGAAGACAAACUUUUUGAAUUGUCAUUGUCUACCGUUGAAAGGUUAACAGAAAUUCUACAGGCUGCUUUAGAAGCCCUUACUAUUCUUCCUUCACACCAAGUCUUACCUGUAUUUGGUUGUAUGAAAGUGCUUGUUCCAAAGCUUCUGGACUCAGCAGAGUCUCUCUGCAUAGAAGCAUUUGAUUUGGCUUGGAAAAUUAUAUCGUCUUUGAGCAAUACACAGCUAAUAUUUUGGUCUAAUCUAAAAGCUUUUGUUCAGUUCAUCUUUGAUACUGAGGUUCUGGCUGUUGCUGCACGUGCAAAGGGUCAAGCAUAUGCCAAAAUAAAAGAGAUAAUUUUCAAGCUCAUAGAUAUGUCCACUACAAGGACUGGAGUCUUCAACACAGUCGUUAGUCAUUGUUGUCGCUCUUGGAUAUUUCCCACUUUUGAUGACAGAGGUACUUCAACAAAUGCUUUCUUAAAUGCUGGAAAUUACUGUGAACUUAUCACAGAGGCUUGUGUCUUUGGAACUGUGUUCAGGAGAGAUCAAAGACUUAUUCAGGAUGUGCAUGCCUUCAUAGAAAAUCUUGGAGAAAAAUGUGCAGCAAAUGUUGUUACAGAAAGUACAAACAGAGAUGAUCACUAUGUGCGAGUUUGUGCUAUUAAAUUUCUUUGCCUGUUGGAUGGAUCAAAUACCUUGCAUAAGAUGUUUAUGGAAGACAUUGUCAUCAAACUACUUGAUAAAGAUGAACUGGUAUCCAGAUCUCGAAUACGUUAUUACGCAAACUCUUUACAGCAUAGAAUUAAAAAUCGGAUAUGGCAGACAGUUCUAGUUCUUCUUCCUAAGCUUGACCAGAAUUUUUGGUGUGAAACUCUUAACAAGAUUUUUCAGGUUGGAUUUUGUAACAACCAGGCAUCUGUGAAAUACUUCAUAGAAUGGAUUAUCAUCUUGAGUCUACAUAAAUAUCCUCACUUUCUUAAUAAAUUUUGGGAUUGCUUUUGCUAUGAUGAGGAAAAGCUUAAAACAAGCAUCUGCACGUUUUUAUCAGUGUUAUCGCACUUUGACAUCAUUAUUCAGAAUACUUCUGAGAAGAAGCCGGCUUUGAAGAAAGCUCUCAUAGUUGUUCUACAGUGGUGUUUCAACCACAGUUUCAGUGUUCGACUUUAUGCAUUGAUUGCCCUUAAAAAAAUCUGGGGUAUGUGCAAAACGUUACACGUGGAAGAAUUUGAAGCUCUGACACCAGUUAUUGAAUCUAGUCUUCAACAAGUAGAAAACAUGCAUGGCACAGGGAAUGCUAGAAGGAACUGGCAGCGAAUCCAAGAUCACUUCUUCUUUGCAACGUUUCAUCCACUUAAGGAUUACAGUCUAGAGACAAUAUUUUAUACUCUUCCACGCCUUUCAGAAGUUGCUGAAGAUGAAUGGAUUUCACUGUGUAAAUUUGACAGAUUCACUGACGUUACUUUGCCACCAACGUUCCAGUGGUAUCAUUCUCGAACUGAACUUCUUGAUCUAAAACCAAGUGACUGGUCUCAACAGGACAUAGGUUCAAAUUCAGUUGAAACGGAUAGCCAGACAGAAGGGACAGAUGUUCAGAAGAAGAUCAUACCCUGGAGAAAUAGUAUUCCUAGUUUAGACUUGGAACUGGUAUUACAGGAUCGUGCAGCUAAACUUGGUAAAUCAAACAGCAGACUGAUCGUGGUGGCUUCACUUAUUGAUAAACCUACCAAUUUAGGAGGUUUAUGUCGUACAAGUGAAAUAUUUGGGGCAUCUGCACUGGUUGUUGGCAGCCUUCAUUAUAUACAGGAUAAGCAGUUUCAACACCUUAGUGUUUCUGCAGAGCAGUGGCUCCCCCUUUUUGAGGUGAAACCAUCUCAGCUUGUUGACUAUUUAGAGCAGAAAAAAACAGAAGGCUACACUAUCAUAGGUGUGGAGCAGACAGCUAAAAGUUUUGAUCUUACAGAAUAUUGCUUCCCAGAGAAGUCACUGUUACUGCUGGGAAAUGAACAUGAAGGAAUUCCAGCAAACUUGAUUCAUCACCUGGAUGUCUGUGUGGAAAUUCCUCAACAGGGUAUUAUUCGAUCACUCAAUGUUCAUGUAAGUGGAGCUCUGCUGAUCUGGGAGUACACAAGGCAACAAGUGAUAAAACAAAAACAACAAAAAUAACUGCCAAGAGUUUUGUGCCUUCUAGUACAGCUGAGGGGUUCUUACGGUGCUAUAGUAUGAAAUAUUGAAUAGAUAUGACUCAGGGUGAAUGAGGAUACUGAACUUCUGCAUGUUUUACUCUGUAGUUCAGAUUGAUUUUUAAAUGCCUUAAUGCUUUACCUCAUCAAAUAUAACUGUUACAUUGGUAAUAAAUAAUAUUUAUAUUGUA